UUCUAAACAAAUAAAACGAAGAAAAAAAAUUAUUAAAAUUUAAUUGUAAUAUUGAACGAAAAUGUAAAAGCUCGCCCAACAGUUUAUUGUAGCAGCAGAAGAAACAACAUCAAUAAAACAUAGAGUGAACUAUCGAGCGUGUUAUCGAUAACUGUGCGAUGACCGAAUACGUAACGCCGAUGAUCAGCAGCGUGCUGAAAAAGUACCAAACGAGCGCUACGAAAAGUUUGCAGGGCCCCGCCGUGGCGCUAAUCAAAAAGGAAAUAAGCAGUUCACCGGAACCACAUGACCUGCACACGCAUGAGCCGGCAAACGCCACAGCUAGUUCCGCAGCUCACAGCGAACGGAACCAACAGAUAUACGCAGCGCCGCUGCCGCUGCCGCCAGAACUGUCACAGCCCAUCCUAACGCAGCCGGACACCGACUGCGGCGAAUUGUAUGAGACGCGCUUGGAGGGCAAGGCGAUUGGCUGCUUCUCGAUGGGCGGCGAAAUGCGUUUGUGCUUGCCGCAAUUUCUGAACAAUGUGCUCAGCGAUUUCACUUUAGAUCAGAUCAAUGGCAUUUUCGAGGAUCUGGGCAUCUCCUGUUCGCAGUGCACGCCCGAGCAACUGGUCGAGUUCAAGGCCGCCAAGAUUUUGCCAUCGGAUGUGAAGGGCAGCGGCCUGAUCACACGCACCGAUGCGGAACGCCUCUGCGCCGCUCUCCUGCAUCGCUCCGAUCGGAACAGCUAUGUGCCCGUCGAGAGCCUGGGCAAGGGCGCCCUCAGCUUUCAGGUGUAUCACAAGUGCUUUGGCAAGUGCGAGGGCAUCUGUACGCCGGAUAUGUAUUCGUAUCAAAAACCGACGUGCAUUCAGUGUCUGGAAUGCAAUUGCUGGUUUUCGCCGCAGAAAUUCGUGGGUCAUGUGCAUCGCAAGGUGGAGAAUCGCACCUGUCAUUGGGGCUUCGACUCGAGGAAUUGGCAUGAUUACCUUCAUGUGGCGCUCGAUGUCGAGAAUCGAGAGAAAUAUCAACGUAUUUUGGAUCAGCUCAAGGAGGUGGAACUCAAGGAAAUGCACAAGGCGCAAUGUGAACUGGAUCACAAGAAACGAAAGGUGGAAAUGCUGAUGGAGGACUCGCUGCUGUUGCCGAUGGGUUUGGUGGCGCCAGCGCCGCCGCCGCCACUGCCGCCAUCGCAGCCGGCGGGAGCGCAUCAAACGCUGCCCGCCAGCCUGAAGCAUCAUCCGCACACCCUGCCGCACCAUGGAGCGCGCGUCGAGCUGUUGGACAUUCCGAGCAAGAAGCUAAAGGCAGCCGCCUUGGAUAACUACUAUCCGCUGGACCUACAGCACUACCAGAUGAUGUAUGCCCAUUGCAUGCAGCAGAGGGAGCGGGAGCGGGAACGAGAGCGCGAGAGGGAGCGUGAGAGGGAGCGGGARCGGGAGCGAGUGGUGUCACAGCAUCCGCUCUCGAGCAGCGCCUUCCAGCCGUGGCACGCCGUAAAGCCCACGGCUAGCGCCUAUCUGCAUGCGUACACAGCCCUCUCCUCGCUGCCCUACGCCUGCCAGGAGCCGCCGGAGCUGCAGAAUCCGGAGCGUGUGGUGAGGAGCACAGAUCGCGAGCGCUUCGAGCGCACCUAUCAGCCCAAUGUGGCGCUCGCUCCGCGCAAGAGCAUCCUGAGCAAGGAGCGCGAACGCCAGCGCGAGCUGGAGCAACGCGAACUGCAGCUGCACAUCAAGCAGGAGCGGGCAGCAACGCCGCCGGCCGCGAUCAGCGAGCGCGAGCCGCCAAACGGUAGCCAGAGCAGUCACAGCAAUCACAGCCACAGCAGCAGCAACAGCAACCACAGCAACCACAGCAACCACAGCAACAGCAGCAACAGCAGUUCGCCCAUGCCGAAGGCGGCGCCUGUUGUUGUUGCGCGUCAGGUGCCGGCCGAGGAGUUCUCGGCGGGCAGCAAUGAGAUUACCUCCUCCACAUCGCCGGUGCCGGCCGUGGCAGCAGCAGCGCCAGUUGCUGUCAACCAAGCAGCAGCAGCAGCAACAGUUGCCGUCGCUGCAACGCCGCUGAGCAACCACAUCAUAGCCACCGUCAAUCAGCAUGCCAAGCUGUUGCCCAGCAGCAGCAAUCACAAUGAGCCGAGUCGCAUUAGGAUCAACAAGAAUCUAAUGAGCCAACCGCCACCAGCAGCAGCAGCAGCAGGAGCAACAGUGGCGGCAGCAGCACCAGCAACAACAAUUGUGGCAGCACCUGCGGCGGCGGCAGGAGCAACUGUUGCUCCUGUGCAGCCCAUCUACUACAAGGCUGGCUACUCGCCCACGCAGUCUUCCAGCGCAGGCCUCAAUCUCAGCACGCACUCCUCCAAUGUGGUUAGCUCGCCACAUGCCAAGCAGCAGCAGCAGCAGCAGCAACAGCAACUCCUGCAGCUGCAACAGCAGCAACAACAACAGCAGCAGCAGCAGAAGCAACAGCAACAGAUGCCGCUGAAUGGCAAAUCACAUUUGGGCAGCGAGUUUGAGCUGUCAACGGAUACGGAUGAUGACAGCCUCCACGGUGAGCCGGACAGCAGUGCGAUGCACUUGCCGCCGUGGGAGCUGGCGGUGGAUGCGUUGCGGGACACCAGAUCGAAGGAUCGGGAGCGUGUGCUGCAUUUGUUGCAGCGACUGUUGCAAGAGAAUCAAAAGUAUCGCGAGUCGAAUGUGCAGCUGAGCGAGCUGCUGCACAAGCGGGAGGAGGAGAUUGGAGAGCUGCGCGAGCAGCUGCAGCGUUGUCGUCGCCAAUUGGAGGCGAUGGAUAAGCUGCGUGUGGUGCCAUUGAAGCAGCAGCAAACGUUGCUCGAGGAGGAAGAGGAUGACGACGAGGAGAUGGACGAACUGGACGAUGAGGAGGAGGAGCAGGAGCUGCUGUUGGGCGCGAAUGAAGCCGACAGCAAUGAGACGCUCAAUCAGGAUCAGGCCAACAACAACAACAAAGUAAUUAGCUCGCUCAACUGUUGCACAACCGUUGCGCAGCAAAAGCAGACGCAGCGAGCAGAGGAGGAAGAGGCGCCAGCAGGCAAGCGUCCCAAGCUGCAGUCGAAUGGACAUGCCCAGAGUCCAAGCGCAAGUCGCAGCAGUGGGGAAGAGGACGAGGAGGAGGAGGAGGAUGAGGAGCUGGAGGAGCAUGAGCACGAAAUGGCGCUGGCUGAGCGCACGGCGCAGGCACCGCACAGCAGCGCCCUGGCUGCGCCGCCCACCGCGACCACGCCUCAAUCGCCCGAUUCGGCGGCAACGGCUGGCCAGCUGUUCGAUGGCAGCAACAGCAGCGUAGAGACGGCCAUGAAGAAGGCGCAGAUAUGCAGCGAGGAGGAGGAAGAGGAGGAGGAGGAGGACGACGACGAUCAGCAGCAGGAGGCAGAGCAGUUGACGCGAACCGAGCAGCGACAGCAGCAGCAGCAGAAGCAGUUGGAGGAUUCGGAUGAUGACGAGAUGCCGCUGCAGCAGCGACAGCAGCAGCGGCAACUGCAAACACAGCAACUGCAGCAGCAGCAGCAACAGCAGCGACGUCAGCGUCGCGAGGCCGCUGCGUUGCCAGCGGCAGCAGAGGCGACGCCAGCGCCGGCAGCGCGACCCAUUUUAAUGGCCACCAAAGCGAGCAAAAAGCAAACGCCGCCAAUUACARCAACAACAACAACAACGAACUGCGAAUUACAAAUCAAAAAGGAAAUUGUCUAAGCCGCAGAACCUCAGCCCCACGCCCCCUCCAAAGCCCUGCCCGCCAGCCGCAAACGCAUUGCAAUUAACACUUAGAACUUAGCUCAUAUAGUCGUCUCUUUCACACACACACACACUAAGCAYAGUUUAAGAGUUUACAAAAAGCAAAUGAAAACAGAGAGAAGAAAACAAAUACAGAAUUAUGCUCAACGCUGCUUAACGCACAUACAAAAUUGCUAGAAAAGGACAAAAACUAAAACAAAAUAAAACAAAAACGAAAAUGAAAACGAAACG